AUGGCAAGCGUGAUAGCGACAUGUACGCGCCCUGAUGUAUUGGAACGUUUGUUACCAUCGAUGGUGGAAGAUGCUUUGCGAACAUUCGACAUGUGGGGAAAUCACGGAGCAAAAGAUAUUUCCAAGAGCCUCCACGAGAUUGUUUUUACCCUGGCUGCACGAAUGACGAUGUGCCGCGAGUUCUCUGAGGACCCGAAGAAAAUUCAUGCAUUGAUCGGCAUUUUCAAGCGGCUUGAAGAUGGCUCGAACCAUAAUGCCCUCAUAUUUCCUUGGUUCCCGACUCCAGCCAGAUUUAGGAGGAUGCUUGCCGGGGUGCAAUUACACCGCAUGAUUUCUGCAGUUGUUCUUUCGAGGAAAGAUCGUCGUGAAGACGACCCACUGUAG